AUGCCGGUUUGUAGCGUUGUUUCGUGUAGAAAUAGGAGUGCUAGCAAAAACUAUAGGGAUCAUGGAGUUACAUACCACAUUUUCCCGAAAAAUCCCAGUAAUAAAGAAAAAUGGAUAGAUGCUACAGGUAGAGGCCCUAACUGGUUUCCGAGCGAGAAAAGUGUUAUUUGUUCGGAUCAUUUUCAAGAAAAAUGUUUCCAAUUACAUAAUAAAAGCCGCAGACUUUUUGAUUGGGCAAUACCAAUGUUGAAAACCCGUCAAGUGUUUGUCUCGGCGACUGCUCGCGUCUAA